CAUUUGUAAUCCUGAGAGAGAGAGAGAGAGAGGAAAGAGAGAUAGUGUCAUGUGGGCAGUACAGCUUCUUUCUGGGUAGUCCACAGGCAGACCUAGCGAUGAAAUAAUUUUACCUGUAAAAUUUAGCUUCUGCUAUCUGAGAAAUCUCUUUCAACUCUUAAAGGAAUCCUUUUAAUCUGUUUACAAUGUCGCCAUUUUAGAAGCUCCUUUGCGCCUUCUCCACCUCCAUUUCAACCUUGUUUGCUUGUGGAUCUUUAGUCUCUCUCUGUUCUGUUACCCGCCAUGCUUUCUUCCAAAACCAAAUCUGGUUUAUCUGAAGCUUCACAUAACAAAGAAGCUUCUCACAAUAAAGAAGGUUCACACAACAAGACCUCACCAGCAACUCCAAGGGUUAGCAAAUUGGGCAGGGGAAUUACUAAAUCAGAUGCUAAUUCACCUUCUCCUCUGCAAAAUCCACGACUUUCAAUUGACCGAUCGCCCAGAUCAGUUGACUCAAAGCCUGCGGUAGAUCGGCGAUCCCCAAGGGUUACUGUUACUCCUGAUAAACAACCACGAGUGCUGAAGGGAUCGGAACUACAAGCUCAAUUGAGUCUUGCUCAGGAAGAUUUGAAGAAGGCAAAAGAGAGAUUAGCUUCUAUUGAGAAAGAGAAAGAUCAUGCUCUUGAGGAAUUGAAAGAAGCCAAGAGAUUGGCUGCAGAGGCAAAUGAGAAGCUUGGGGAGGCCUUGGUUGCUCAGAAGCGAGCUGAGGAAAACACUGAAAUUGAAAAAUUUAGAGCUGAUGAGUUGGAGCAGGCGGGUAUUGAGGCUGCUCAUAAAAGGGAAGAGGAAUGGCAGAAGGAAAUUGAAGCUGUUAGAAACCAACAUGCUGUGGAUGUAGCUGCUUUGCUCUCUACCACUGAAGAGCUCCAACGGGCUAAAAAGGAAUUGGCCAUGACCACUGAUUUAAAGAACCAAGCUCUUAGCCAUGCUGAUGAUGCAACCAAGAUUGCUGAAAUUCAUGCUGAGAAAGUGGAGUUCCUAUCUACUGAGAUAAGCCGGUUAAAAGCCUUGCUUGAUUCAAAGUUGGAGACAGAAGCUAACAAGACCACUGAGUUGGUAGAGAAGCUGAACUCUGAGGUGGAUUCUCUGAAGCAAGAACUUGAGAGAGCAAAAGAUUUGGAGGAGAAAUUAGCUGACAAAGAAGCUUUGGUUGAAAAACUCAGGGUAGAAGUAGAAACUGCAAAAAGGGCUGAAUCAGAUGCUGAAAUUUUAAUUGAGGAAUGGCAGAAAAAGGCCAAAGAGUUGGAGAUUCGGAUUGAGGAAGCAAAACAAUCAGAGAGAUCUGCUUCAGAAUCUCUGGCUUCAUUGAUGAGACAACUAGAGGCCAAUAGUGCUUUGUUGAAUGAUACAGAAUCUGAGGUUACUUCUCUUAGAGCGAAGGUGGAGUCCUUGGAGAUGUCAAUUGAAAGACAGAAAAGAGAUUUUGAAGAAGCAGAACAGCAUCUUGACAUGGUUAAACAAGAAGCAUCAGAAAUGGAAAAAGUGGUUGAGUCUCUAAAAACUGAACUUGAAACUGUGAAGGAGGAGAAAAUGCAAGCUCUGAACAAUGAGAACCUUGCAGCAUCAAAUGUUCAGAGUCUGCUGGAGGAAAAGAGCAAACUCAUUAGUGAAUUGGAAGCCUCCAGAGACGAAGAAGAGAAGAGUAGAAAUGCAAUGGAAAGCUUAGCUUUAGCAGUACAAGAAGCCUCUUCUGAAGCCAGGGAAGCCAAAGAGAAGCUUUUGUCCAAUCAAACUGAGCUUGAAAAUUCUGUGUCCCAGAUAGAAAACUUGAAGUUUCUUCUAAAAGAAACAAAUGAGAAAUAUGAAUCCAUGCUUGAUGAGGCAAAACAUGAGAUUGAUGUUCUUACAAGCACCCUCGAGCAAUCCAAUCACGAAUACAAAAACUGCAAGAUUGAGUGGGAUGAAAAAGAACUCCAUUUGGUGAAUUGUUUAAGACAAUCAGAAGAAGAAACAUCUUCCAUGAAAAGAGAAAUGGAUAGAGUGGUUAAUUUACUUAGAGAAACUGAAGAAGAAGCUCAAGCUGCAAAGGAGGAAGGAUCUCGACUUCAGAGUACCCUAAGGCUAGCUGGAUCCAAAGCUAGUUCUUUGGAAGAAGCUCUGGAAGAUGCAAAAGGUGAAAAUCUGAAAUUGAGGGAGAGAUUGCUGGACAAAGAGAAUGAGUUUCAGAAUAUUAUUCAAGAGAAUGAGGAGCUUCGGUUGAGAGAGACAGCAGCACUGCAGAAAGCUGAAGAGUUAUCCAAGUUGCUUGAAGAAGCAUAUUCUAAGACAAAGAAUGAGGAACAUGUAGAGCUUUCGGAUAGUGAAAAAGAUUAUGAUUUGCUCCCAAAGGUGGUAGAAUUCACUGAGGAGAAUGGAGGUGGAAGAAUAGAGGAGAAGCACAAGCAUGAAGUUUCAUCUCAAGUACCUCAGGGAGAUGAAGAUCAAGCCCAUGAGAAAAAGCUUCCUGUCGGACAGAAGAUGGAGAAUGGAAUUGGAAACCCCAAAGAUGAGGAAAAGAAAGAAGAAGAUGAAGAAGAAGAACAUGACUCAGUAAAGGUGGAGGCUAAGAUGUGGGAGACAUGCAAGAUUGGAGAGAAAGACUUGUUGCCUGAGGGGGAGCAUGAACCAGAAUCCUUUGAAGAGGAACGUGAUUCAAAGGUUGAUGGUGAGGGCUUUGAUCAGGUAAAUGGCUCAGCAUUGGAGAACUUGGACAAUGGGGGCAGCUCUCCAACAAAGCAGCAAUCAGAAAAGAAGAAAAAACCAUUGCUCCGGAAGUUUGGAAGUCUGCUGAAGAAGAAGAGUAGCAACAACCAUAAGUAGGUGUAAAACCAAUCCCACCUGCCACAGCUUAGUUUGAACCAUCAUGUUCAGGAGAAGGUAUACUUGAUGCUGUCUCUCCCCAUAAUGUGUUUGAUUUAUUUUUCCUUUGGAUUUUCAUAAUAGAAAAUGAAUUAUAUAUAAAGAGGUUGUAUUAUCUUUAGAAUUUUAUCUGAUUUGGUUCCCUCUUUUUAGGGGUGUUGUGUAUCUGAUUUUUUUCUUUUCUUACCUUUUUCUCUUUUCAAAAUUUUAUGGAAGGAGUUGUCACUUCUAUAAUUGUAUGUUCAUGUGAUCCUUUUUCUUUAUGGGGAAAUCCUCUUCUGUUCUUUAAUCCAUCUGUAGUGAAAGAGAAAAAGGAAGAAAGAUUAAACUAUGGUUUCAGCAUAUGGAUUUUGAGGAUUGAUGAUUCAUAUUCCUACA